ACCCUGAGUGAUGGUUUAUGGAGAUUGCGGACUUCGAGGAUGUAAUAUUGACCGUCAAAUGGAGCACUACACCGUUGUAACAGCGGCCAGUCUUGCCUCCGGAAAUGAGUGUGGUCUGUGUAGGGAUGGCGGUAAAUGAGAGCAUGUAUAGAAGUGAACGAGAACGAUGCUGGUCGAAGGUUAUCAGGUCAUAUCAAGCGAAUUGCUACUAUGUACGUGACGUGAAUAUUCGGAUAGUAAAGGAAGUCUGGAAGAAUUGCUCAAGAACACCAGUCUUUGUAUUAGGAGCAGUGUUCAUAUCAACCCAAUGUGCCUUCACGAUGGCGGGGAUAUCGGGGGACAUGUGGCGCCUCUCGAGGCGCGGCACAACAUGCCUAACGGGGAAGUCAAAGAUGAUGGCAAGUGAGGCGUGAGCGAGAUCUGGGUCGAACAUGGCGGACAUAGCUCUAGAGAGGCUAAUGAAGACUCCGAUGAACCUGCUUAGAAAAUACAUGCCACAUACUGAAGAUAAUGAGGUACGCUCUGAAGCUGGGCCUUGGCGUGGUGCGGUGUUCAAGGGGUUA